AUGAAGAGAAGAUCUAGGAAGUAUUGUUUGGGCUCUCUUUCUCAUGAUCUCCGGGUUGGAAGCGAAUCACAACAUGCGUUUAUUCUGGCGUGCGACAGAUUUGUUGGGGAUCCUUGGUCUUGGGUGAAGAGGCUUGGGUUGUGGAUGUGGGGUGCGCUCGCUUUCACUCUCUCUGAUUUCGCAGCGACUCCCGCUUCUCCGAAUAACAAGAAUAAUACUCCGAGAAUAUAUUCCAUGCUGUGGUGUGGGGUAGUCGUCCUCGCCGCCUGUCUGACUGAAUUCCUUCUCCGUCCCUCUUUGCUUCCUCAAUUCCUUGCCUUCAGGGUGAUUGUCAGUUUUUUACAAGCGGUGUGCAUCCGGGCUGGGGAAAGUUUUCACAUCUCCUGCUGCCCGGAUGCUGCAGAGGAGGAUGCACGGAAGCGUGGAAUGAGGAGGGCUUUGGCGUUCAGGUCCUCGGAGGUCACACGACCUGGGACGUUUCUAGGUAAUUUUUUUUUAUUAUGGUGGGCAUUGAAGGCGGUGGGAAUGACACUUCGUGUUUUGUGGCUGGGGACCUCGGUCAGCUCUCCCUCUCUGACUUGCACUUCUUUCGAGUUUUUCUCCGUCUUUUUUUCACCUGUUUUUUUCUUACGUAUGUGGUAACAUUUGUUGAAGUUUUGGUUGUAAUAUAAACUGAUUUUGGAAGUUUUCUGGGCAUGAAACAGUGAGGGAAUUUUUCAAUGUUUGAUGCGUGAGUUUUUUUUAAUCCCUUCCCGACAAACUUUUUAUUUUUCGUUAAAAUUACAGGAUUUUUUUGUUAGUGAAUGUAGCUAAUGUGUUAUAUGGAACACUUGUUCGAAUCAUGUGAAUGUUGUUUACUGUAACAGCUUUUCGAGUGAAGUGAAGCCACAAUAUGUUGUAUUUCAUGAACAUUAUUUCUUACAUACCUUAGUGAAUGAAUAAUCCACGUAAUGAGAGUAAUUUCAGUGUAUUUGUACGUGUGAGUAUGACUGUGAACUAACUAUUGAAAUCUCAUAGACAUUACUGAAAGUGUGCUUGAAAUGAUUUGAAGAUGUGGAAAAUGGAUUGCACAAAGUGAUAAACUUAGUUAAGUUAAUUUCAUUUAAUGGAGGCCACUUUUAAUUUCUAGCUUUUACACGAUACACGUUGCUAAAUCUUGAAUGAUUUUAAAAUUGACCAGCACGUCAUUUAUGAUAGUAUGAGUAUAAAUUACUGGAUAAGUCAAUGUGUUACAGGUUUCUACAAAAGGGAUAAUGAAA